AAGAGUCAGGUGCUCAAGUGACUAAGCCACCCAGGUGCCCUCAUAGAUUCUGUUUUAUGAGAAGAUGGUUGAAGCCUGAAUUUCAGUAUGAUUGGAAUUCCUUUCAUCUGGAGCGAUUAUCAGAACCAUCAGUGAUAAAUGUUGAACAUUCUCACGUUACCUACUUACCCAUCUGUAAACUCAGAAGACCUUUAGAGAUCUGUGGUCCGGCCCUGGAGUAUAUAUUUACUAUCCUCAGUGUUUUUUUUAUCUAGGGAAAGAUGAAACUAUUCUUUAGACACUUUUGUGUACAGUCCUACAAAUAAAUGUCUUAUGUAUGGAGUUCCUUCUGAUUUUCAAAACAAGUGAAACCUGAAAAUAAACACACACACUCCAAAGAAUCCAACCAAACCAACAAAUGACACCAAGAAAACAAACAAGCAAAACACAAAGAGGUUUCAAGCCUAGAAAACAUGAGUAGAAUUUGCUUCCUGGAUGAAGUGUAGAAUUAAAGAGGAAUUCUGGCCUUGGGCCAGAUACCACUGGAUUUGGCCUUUUUGGUGGGAAAAUGGUAAAUUUUUUAUUUAAUGUCUUAAGAGAAGGGUUCAAAUUGUCCUAACCGUAGUCUCUGAGAGCCGUGGCUGGCUGGCAGGAAUGGGUGGUGGAAUGCAGUUUCUAGAGUAAGGCUGAGAUUCCUUUUCUCUUCUCUCCUGUAGAAUGCAUUUGGUCAAUUUUGUGGAACCUGUGGGCCUCAAUUACUCCAUGUUUAUCCCCACCUUGCUGAAUCAGGGCACCACUGCUCAGCAAGAGAAAUGGCUGCUCUCCUCCAAACGACUCGAGAUAAUUGGCACCUACGCCCAGACGGAAAUGGGCCACGGAACUCAUCUCCGAGGGUUGGAAACCACAGCCACUUACGACCCUGACACUCAGGAGUUCAUUCUCAACAGCCCUACUGUGACCUCCAUCAAGUGGUGGCCUGGUGGACUCGGGAAGACUUCCAAUCACGCGAUAGUUCUUGCCCAGCUCAUCACAAAGGGGAAGUGCUAUGGCCUGCACGCCUUCAUCGUGCCGAUCCGUGAAAUCGGGACCCACAAGCCUUUGCCAGGCAUUACGGUUGGCGAUAUCGGCCCCAAGUUUGGCUACGAUGAGAUGGACAACGGCUACCUGAAGAUGGACAGCUACCGUAUUCCCAGAGAAAACAUGCUGAUGAAGCAUGCGCAGGUGAAGCCUGAUGGCACGUACGUGAAGCCCGUGAGUAACAAGCUGACCUACGGGACCAUGGUGUUUGUCAGGUCCUUCCUCGUAGGAGAAGCCGCUCGGUCUCUAUCCAAGGCUUGCACCAUCGCCAUCAGAUACAGCGCUGUGAGGCAUCAGUCCGAAAUCAAGCCAGGUGAACCAGAACCACAGAUUUUGGAUUUUCAGACCCAGCAGUAUAAACUCUUCCCGCUCCUGGCUACUGCCUAUGCCUUCCAGUUUGUCGGCGCGUACAUGAAGGAGACCUACCAUCGGAUCAACGAAGACAUUGGCCAAGGGGACCUGAGUGAACUGCCCGAGCUCCAUGCCCUCACCGCCGGGCUGAAGGCGUUCACCUCCUGGACGACUAACGCUGCUAUCGAGGCGUGUCGGAUGGCUUGUGGCGGGCACGGCUAUUCUCACUGCAGCGGCCUUCCGAACAUCUACGUCACUUUUACCCCCACCUGCACCUUCGAGGGCGAGAACACUGUCAUGAUGCUGCAGACGGCGAGGUUCCUGAUGAAAAGCUAUGACCAGGUGCACUCAGGGAAGUUGGUGUGUGGCAUGGUGUCCUACUUGAACGACCUGCCCAGUCAGCGCAUCCAGCCACAGCAGGUGGCCGUCUGGCCGGCCGCGGUGGACAUCGACAGCCCCGACAGCCUGACGGAAGCCUACAAACUCCGUGCAGCCAGAUUAGUAGAAAUUGCUGCCAGAAACCUUCAAAACGAAGUGAUUCACAGAAAGAGCAAGGAGGUUGCAUGGAACCUAACUUCCGUUGACCUUGUUCAAGCAAGUGAGGCGCAUUGCCACUAUGUGGUGGUUAAGCUCUUUUCAGAAAAACUCCUCAAAAUUCAAGAUGAGUCCAUCCACGCUGUCUUGAAGAACUUGUGUCUCUUGUACUGCCUGUAUGGAGUCAGCCAGAAAGCAGGCGAUUUUCUGCAGGGGAGCAUCAUGACGGAGUCUCAGAUCACCCAAGUAAACCAGCGCAUCAAAGAGCUGCUGACUGUGAUUCGCCCCGAUGCUGUCGCUCUGGUUGAUGCCUUUGACUUUCAGGAUGUGACCCUUGGCUCUGUGCUCGGCCGUUACGACGGGAACGUGUAUGAAAAUCUAUUCGAGUGGGCCAGGAGGUCCCCGCUGAACAGGGCAGAGGUCCAUGAGUCUUACCACAAGUAUUUGAAGCCCCUGCAGUCCAAGCUCUGAAGCGUCCUGACGCGAAGGAUCGCUUGCUCCAGAAAGCAGCUGUACCCUACCCCCCACGUGCGCCACACAAAUCUGCUUGGGAUCUCUAUCAAAUGCAAAGAGCUAUAGAGCAAAUGAUAAAUUGAGCCCUUUCCUCUUCUUAUAAAUGAAGUGGGAAAAAAUGGACAAAUUUCGGCGAUUAAACGAGAAAACCAGAUGUGUUUUAAGUGCAAUUAACACUGCAAGAGACAGAUCAGGCAUCAGCAGAAGCUUUAAGAAACGCAGCAUGACCCCCGCGUGCAGUGCUGCUGGUCCCCAUAGGCCAUGACUUGAUAACUAGCAGAAUUUAACUACUGAGUAGUUAAUUAUGUUCACCUCUUAACUGCUAAUCACUGGAUAUAUACGUGUUUUUAAGCAAAGGUAGUUUUUAAACAGGGUAGCUAACAACCCUUCCCAGCUUUUCUGUUAAACGUUCCUGUCGUGGGCCCUGGCUAAGCAGCGGGACUGAAGAAAAGGGAUGCGGGGAAAGAAUCUACUCAAGGAAUUUAGUGUGAGUGAGUCUGCGCCGGACACACUGACGCACCCGCCUGCCCCUCUCUGCCGACCUGUUGUUUCCACCUAACUCUUCACACUUUGUUUCCAGCAAGAGUUCUUCAGCACAGGCCUAAAACACAGUCACUGUCCUGUGUGAUUAGGGGAUAACCUUCCUCCCAUUUGAGGAGUCCCUAAAUUAUUGGUGCAGUAACAUUGCAGCUCCCUGUGUCCCAGACGUCUUGGGACAGGGCAAGAAGCAGAAUCCUCUCUGCAUCCGACUUCUGGCCACUGAUGGCACCUCUGGCCACGGUGUUUCAUCUCCCGCCCCUUUCUCUGUCCUGAAAGGGAGCUAAGAAAGGAAAAGACGGCGUCCCAGUUCCUUCGUAGGAGAAUGAGUAUGGGGAGAGCGGUCUCGGUUAUGGUUGCUGUGACUGGUGUCGGUACUCACUGGAUAUUCUGGAACAAUCUAGAUUUUUCAGUAGGCUGUAUUACAGGGCUUAGAGGUUAUGUGUUCAGCAUUAUAAAAUAGAGGCAUCACUCAGGCCACCUCUUCUGCCAAGGGGUCGCAUAGAAAACUCCUCUGACAAACCAUGUCUUCUGAUUUUGGAUGUAAAUCAUCAAAUCAAAAUAAUCAUCGAAACUGUGGCUAAUGGAUAAAUGCCAGUUUCACAGAAUCUCUUACUGUACAUUGGCUUUAUUUUCCGUCUGUUCCUAGGAGAUUGAUCUGAAUUGCAAUAUUGUCCUUUGAGCCAAAAUCUAAUUUACACAAUCAUUCUGCGUUUUAAAGUUAAACAUGUACCUCCUAACCAAGUUUCUUCUUAAAAUCGAUAUAAAGCAACACAUGACUUGAUUUCUUUUCCUUUGUUUUGUUUUUUUCUUUUACCUGGUGCCUGUAUCUGUAACAUCUGCCUCAUGAAUCCAGUUGUUCUGUAAUCAGUCUUGAGCAUGUCGGAUGAUUCAGGGAAAGGUCAUUCCCACCUUGGGACCCAACAUAAAACCUAUCCCAGGGGAGCCGGUUACAUGACACUUCCGGGUCCCCCAGAAAUGCUGUUGACAGAAGCCUCAGUCCUUCCACCAGGAGAGCUGCUUGGGAAUCGUAAGCAUCUGAUGAUGUCCUUGGAAUAGAUCUUGACAUUAGUUCAGAUUCUGGGAAAUAACACGGUAGAUUUAAAUUGCUUAACAUCGGCCUGUUAACGUGUAGAAUUGCCUCAGAACUAGUGGUUAAUCUGAAUACCUUGUUCACAGAUGAGCAUCUGUGGUCGGGACCUGAUCCAGCUGCAUUGACCUGGGAUCGAUCUUAGCAGGUCCGAGCAAGCUGCAGACACGAUAGCCACCUUCAGUCCAGCACCUCGAGUCUUCUUUAAAAGCGAAAUCUGAUACUUGAUAUGGUUUUUUUACCAACAUGGGGAUUUUUGUCUUGAACAUUUAUUCACUGUAAUCUAAAUAUAGUAAAACCUCUCUGAUUUGCACUGUCACAAGGGAAAGAGAAUGCCACAUAAUUAAACAUCAGCUGAAAUUUAGAACUUUUAAGGGACGGUUUUAUAAGGUUAUCAGGUUCAGUAAGAACAAAACGGGCAGGAGUGAGGCCCGUGGAGCAGAUCCGCUCUAACUCCGCCGUCACCGGGGCAGUUCCGCAGCGGCCAGGGGCCAUCUCGCCGGUGCAGGACGGCGUGCUUGCUGCCUCUGGCCAGGGAAGCCAGGAUCCGGGUUAGCUCUCCCUACGAAGCCGGUCUUCGCUACAGAUAGGUUUCGUCUCUGCCUGGUUCUUUGGUGAGCCGUUUUCACAGAAAGUACAAAGCUACGUGCUGUUCUCCAAACCGAUGAUAAACACUGAGAGAAUGGAAGAGGCUUCUGUUCUACUGAUGGAAGCCCUUUUUAAAAACUACUAUGAACAGAACUCAGACUUGGAAAUUUGAGGUUUAAUAGGACUUUGCUAUUUGUAACGGACGAAGGUGGAUGCUCCCUGAAGUGUUUGGAGCUCCGCUGGAUACAUACACGCCGAGGAGCAUUUCAGUGUUUGGACAUCAGUGAUGGCAGCACAGCUGGUUCCACGGCCUUCGGGGCCCUUCACGUUCUUGUCUCCAGGUCAGAGCAGUGCUGCGGCUCAGCUUAGCUUCAGAGCAUUGGCUUAACUGCAGCCUUCGCUGUGUUCCCAUGCUCUCCGGGAACCCCCUGCCUGUGACUUCAGGUCACACACACCUGGAGGCAUUUUACAGUUCCUAACGCCAACAUGCUACAUCUUAUUUUGUGGGUUUUCUUUAGUGCAGGGCUUUGGCUGCAGAGUAACUCUUCCAAUUCACGGGGAACGGAAAUUCUUUAGAUGACUGCGGCCCACCAGUCUCUCCUGCCCCUUUCUGAGCCCUUUCCAUCUGUCUGACUAGGAAAGGAGAUUAGAUGCACAUGUUCUAACCUUUAUAAAUGUGGCAGGUCUGCCCGGGUGACCAGUGCCAGGAAAUAGGUUCUUCUCCGUGAGACCAACAAAAGUCUGUUGUUCAUUCUCCUUACUCAGGAUAAAGGUUUUAAUCGUUUUCAUGAAAUAAUACAGAGGUCAUUUCAGCUAACUAUUGAGUAGUCCAUUCUUGGAGGAUUUGACCAAGUCACAUUGUCAACUAAUAAAAUGACUUUAUAUUUUAAAAUACCACUACUAGACUUCUGCUGUUAGCCGUCCACUAAAUUGUUCACUAUUCCUGUGCUUCGUGAUUAUAAACAUAGAAACAUGAACAUUCAGAGUUAUCAGGUGUUAGCUGUUGGCAAACUUACAAAUUCGUAGAUCUCUAGGGGUUUUUGUUUCAUUUUUACUUUGCUUUACAUUUAAUUGGACCAUUGUUUAUCUUAGGAAGAUCAUGAAAAAUUGGGGAGUGAUUUUAAGAAUUCUGAACCAAAAUAAGUUGUUUGGCCACAAUCCUGUCGACUGUUUCAUAGAUUAGGUAACAAAUACAUGACCUUCCACAUCAUGUUCAGACUAUUCCUUUGUAAACAUUUUAUCUCCAAUCGCUGUGGGUUCAAGGAAAUUGCUUGUAUUCUUCAGAGUGUACCUAAUUCCCUCUUACUGUUAGGGUCUGUGUUUGGUUCCUACCUGACAAGAUGCAGUUAGCAUGUGUUGUUACCCAUCCGUGGCAGAACCUGUCAGUAGAGGUGGGAGCACCGAGGAGGUGCGGGGGGGUCUAGAACUUGUGAACUACGGUUAGACAGCCGUGCCCUGCCAGCCCUGUUUGGCAUGGGCUGCGGGUAAGCGCUUUUUCCUUUGUAAAGUUUGACAAGACCCUUAAUAAAACCUGUAAUUAACACAAAA